UUUUCUUUUUUGCCCUCCGUCCCUCGGCGAAAGUCUUGCGGCGCCUCGGACCGCUGACCCCGCAAAUCUACCUGCAGGCCGCGCCAGCUGCACGUGGCAAAGGAAAGAUUCGCAACGAAAUUACCAGACUACCAUUCCUGCCACUAUGAAAGCUACUCGUAGGCCUACCUCUGACUGCAAUGUUCGGUACCAUUGAAACGUCACCAGAACGGCCUGCAGAAGUGAACUUUCGGAGAAAAAGUGUACGGCAAAGAACUCUUUCGUCUCAUACAACAAGUGUACCAAUGAGCAAACUGGCAAUAAACUUGACAAUGAAUGCCGAAUGAUGUGGGGUCUGGAUAUAACCAUCAGUCCAAUAUUCCUCAAAGUUUGCUGCAUAGAAUUUACAAAGAAUUUCGGUACUGUAACUAGGGAUACUCAACGUCACAAAGUCGUAUUUGAAAUGCGACAGGCGCUGCAUGAUAUGCUACUUCCAAUUUAAACUCAGCGCAUGACGAUGCGAGGGUAUGUAAGGGGGGAACAUAACGCGCUUGUCAUUCCAUUUUCUCAGUUCCCAGACGUUAGCGUCUUCGCCCUCAGAACCUGCAGGAUGGAGUGUGUUGUUGCGGCCGUGGCCGGUGGAAAACUAGUAAUUUUUUUGUGCGUGAGAGGGCGGCACGCCCGCGUGGCUACCACGCGGCCGCCGAGCGAGGUGAGCUUCGGACAGCGCGACCGCCACCGCCCCCCACUACUGUGCGUCGGCAUCCCCGCCCUUGCAGUAGCCGGGCCGCCGUGGUGGGGCCUUAUCGCGACGGGCCUGUUUCUCGCGGCGUCCGCGGCGUGGCAGCACCGGCAAGGCGCACCCGUGGCGGGCGUGUCGUUUGGUGCCCCCCCACCACCCGGCCGCCGCUUCCCCCACCGCCGCUCGGUGCGCCUUCCUCGCCCCCCGCGCCCCUAUCCCCACCAAUCGGCAGCCGCGGCGCCGUGUAUCCCCCACCACGCGGCCAGCGUCCCCUACCACGCCGCACCCUAGCGGCAGAGGCGCGCCGCUCGGGCUCUCAGUCCGAGGGAGGGAGAGCUCACGAUCGGACGAUCCUUCCUCGACGCACGUGCCUCCGCUUUUCACGUCACGUGUCUGCAUUACGAGAGACUGUUACGACCAACACUUAACUUUUUUUUCCCCUCGCCUGUCCUCUCCUCGAGUUCGUCUGCCUGGAAAGCCGAGACCACGAGAUUCACACCGCUGCCUUCUUCCGGCGUGUGGUUCCGCGGACGUCGACUGUCAACUGAGACAACACGGAGCGAACGUCUCCUGCUCAGUUCUUCCCAGUCGGCGGAGACUUCAUCAUCCGGACUGGUGUUGUCAUGGCAACGACGCGUCCUGCUGCGGAUCGUCUCAGUGUACAAACGAGUUUCGGCGCUUCGGACGAACGAUCUACGGACAUCAGCUGCCAGGAGCGACUGUCGGACGCAGAGUGAUUCGGGCGAUGCCACCGCCAGCGAACGCACCAGGAGGUGGACACGAGAAUCCGUCAGCAGACGUCUGCCCAGUCACCACUUGUGUUGCAUGUGCUUCCGAGUGUGCAUCUCACGAACAUAUACCGAGCACCCGCCGUUUUCGUAGUCUAAUUUUUGAGGAAACUCUGUGAUAGGACCUCUGAUUCGUCACAGAGGACGUCCGAUAAGUUCCGUUCGGAAUACUGUUGUGUGUGUGUUGUUAAAAAUCACGAUAGUCUAUUCGUGUGACGCAUUUGCUCUGUUAUCCCUAAUUCCGGAGAAAGAUCUCAAGAAACGCAGCAUAUCAUUAGAGUUAAUUGUUUUCAUUGAUGACUUUUAUACAAUAUUAAUUAGUGACCGAAUCCUAGUCGGUAGACAGUGUAUUUGGAUUGUAUAUUGGCAACAAACUGUUAAGUCUAUUUGUUGGAACUGAUCUACAAAGCUUUACAAGAAGACUGAAUAGUAGAAAGACUGCGAAGAAGUGGCGUGAAUUGACAACAUUCUGGGAGAAAACUUGUGAUAAGGUGUGUGCGUGUGUGUGUGUAAUACCAGACGACACCCGUCCUUGGUGAUUAGGCCAGGGAGUGAACAAAACACGGCAUUUGCUUCCCGCGUAUCGCGUGCGAACGAGACUUAUUUUCUGACGCUCUGCCUCCUUUUUAUUUCGCCCUCAAGUUUUUCGAACGACCAUCACGCGAUAUACGCGCGCUGGCAGAUUUGUAACGAAAUCUACGACGGCCUAGCCGGAACGAAUUCAGAAUUUUUGAGCUGGCAGUACUGUGCACCUCUGUUAUUGCUUGUGCGCAGAUAAGAGAACUAGUGUCACGUCGUGUUAGCGCGAACCUGUUCUGUUGCUUCGCCAUAUACGUUUUUUCUGUGUGUGCGUGUUUUGGUGGACUGUUUUGAGGAGACACUGAAGAGCACUGCAGUUGUGGUGUAUGUGGGACUGUUUGGGAGCUGGAUCACCGAACAGAGGAAGCUGGAGAGGAGACGCCGACGGAGAAGUAAUAUUUUAAUGAGUCGGAAACGCUGUCAGAGCGAGAUAAGUGAUGCGGCGCGCUAUAUUUACCUCCGAGAGGGGAGACCUCUCCGCGCCGUCGUGUAAUCUGUAGCGCCGCAGACGGGCGUUCCUCCCGCGCUGGAGCGCGCCGUCCUGACGGAACCUCUGCGCUCGUCGGCUAUCGCGACGUCGUAUUCGCCGUUGCGGAACCUGGCGGAGCUGUGCGACUGGCGAAGGCCCCAACCCCCGGCGACAGGCGCGCACCUCCAGCACAGACUCACGGCGGACAAGAAUGCGCCACUGCCACCGCCGCCGGCGUUGCCCGCGGAGCGCCCGCUGAGUGCCCCCGGCACGACCUCCUCCGUCGCCACGACCACGACGGCCACCACGGCGGCGGCCACGACCCCGACGUCGCAGCCCUGCCUGCCGCCGGCCACCUGCGCCGCACAAGGAGCCAAAAUUUUCGGGACAACGCUCGAUGUGACGCCAGCCAUGGACAUUCAGGCGAUGCAGUCUAUGGACUGGCUGUUCAAGAAAGAGCGCAUCUACUUGCUGGCGCAGUUCUGGCAACAGCGCGCCACGCUGGCCGAGAAGGAGGUGAGCGCGCUCAAGGAGCAGCUGGCCUCCGGCGGCGGCGGCGGCGGCGGGGGCGGAGGUCUGCAGCCGCCGCAGCAGGGCAAGGCGGCCGGCGACAUGGAGCCUUCCGCCCUCGAGCACGAGCUCGCCGCCAAGGACAAGGAGAUCGCGCAGCUGCUGGAAGACGUGCAGCGGCUGCAGACGACGCUGUCGCAGCUGCAGGAGUCUUCGGCGGCGCAGGUGGCGCGCCUGGAGGAACAACUGGAGCACCGGCGGCAGCACAUCGCGCGCCUGGAGAACAGGCUGGACCAGCAGCGCGACUACGAUGACCUCAAGCGGGAGGUUAGUCUGCUGCGGGCGAUGGAGCUGCCACUGUCUGGAGACAAGCCGCUGGAGCUUCUGCUCCUGGAGAGGAGCAAGGCGGCUGCGACGGCCCUGCAGGCGGAGGCCAAGACGCCGGAGUCCGCAGGGCUGUUGGGCGCGCCCGCCACCGCCCCCACGCCCCUGGGCGGCGCGCAGCACCUGCACCUCGGGUCCCUGCCGCCCACGUCCGCCUCCACAGCGGUGCCGCCCCCGCACUUGCACCACCUGGGCGAGCCGCCGGCGCUCGGCCCGCCUCCGCCCGUCCCGCACCCUCUGGACCCGCUGUCCUCCGCCCCCGGCGUCCAGCAGGCGCCGCCCCCACCGCAGCCUCCGUCCACCCCGUCCUCCUCCUCCGCCUCCUCCGCACCCUCCGCGCUGCCACAGCAACAGCCUCCGCCGCCCCCGCAGACGCCGUCUUCGGCGCCGCAGACCCCUGCCCCGCACUCUUCCGCCCCCUCGGCCACGUCGGCGGCCGCGGCGGCAGCUGCGGCGGCGGCCGCGGCGGCGGCUUCGUCGUCUUCCCCGUCAGCGGCGGCGGCGGCUGCAGCGGCCGCCAUGCUAUUCCCGCCGCCGCUGCAGAACGUGGAGACGUUCGGCUCGUUCCUCGGAGAGGAGAUCGUGGCCAACUGGAGGCGGUCCCUGGAGCGCACCAUCCUCAGCCAGGGGCACCCGGUAGGCCACCCGGGCGUGCCGCCCGCGCCCCCGGGCCAGCCCCAGCAGCCACAGGUGUCGGCCCCCGAGCACAUGCAGCCGCCGGCCUCGAACCAGCAACCCUCUCUGACGUCAGUUCGCUCGCCCCCAGAUCCCCUGCAGCAGCAGCAGCAGCAGCAGCAGCAGACGACGCCGCAGCCUCCGUCUCAGGGUGGCGGCUCGGGCGCGCCGUCGCCGGUCGCGCGGACGCCACCGGCUCCGUCGUCGUCGUCAUCGUCGUCGUCCUCGUCCGCCGGCUCGGCCGCCGCGUCAUCUGCCGGCGCAUCCCCGGCGUCGGCGUCCGCGUCGUUAGUGAAUACGACGCCCGCCAUAGCCAGCCCACUAUCGGCACCACUGGACCACCCAGGACACCACCACCACGCCGGCCACCACCACCACCAUCACCACCACCACCAACAGCAGCAGCAGCAGCAACAGCAGCUACUGAACGGCAGCCCACGUACGCCGCCGGACAGCAGCGGACCCACCGCGACAGACGCCGUCACCAGCAAUCCGGGACUGGUGAUUCCGCCGCCGCCCACGAGUACGCCGACGCUGCCUCCCUCCUCCGCCGCCCCCAUGUAUUUCCGCAGCCCAGCGGACGAGGCCAGCAUGAAGAGCCCCUUCCGCUUCGACGACCCGCGCAGCCCGUUCCGCUUCACCGACGAUUCGCCCGUCGGCGGCGUGGCCCGGCUCGGCGAGUCGCUCAUCCCCAAGGGGGACCCCAUGGAGGCGCGCUUGCAGGAGAUGCUGCGCUACAACAUGGACAAGUACGCGACGCAAAACCUGGAUACGCUGCACAUCUCUCGGCGGGUGCGGGAGCUACUGUCCGUGAACAACAUCGGUCAGCGGCUGUUCGCCAAGUACGUGCUCGGGCUGUCGCAGGGCACCGUCUCCGAGCUGCUGAGCAAGCCCAAGCCCUGGGACAAGCUUACCGAGAAGGGCCGCGACUCCUACCGCAAGAUGCACGCCUGGGCCUGCGACGACAACGCCGUCCUGCUGCUCAAGUCGCUGAUCCCCAAGAAAGGUCUGGGCCGCAGUGGCGUAGAGGCGAGAAAGACGCCGACGGCGGGCAUGCACUCGCCGCCCAGCCGUGGUAGCCCCGUGCCCGUGGCGGCCGCGGGCGCGCUUCACGACCGCCUGGGGCCCUCCGCGGGCGCCGGCGCCGCCGCCGCGCCGCGCGACUGGUUAUUCCAACACCACCACCCGGGCCUCACGACGCACCUCAUAGGAAAGGACUCCGCUAUGCCUCCAUUUGGAAGGGGUGAGACAGACAACAUGACCGAGGAGAGAAUCGCACAUAUCCUAAAUGAGGCUUCACAGAUGAUGAAAGUGGAGGACAGCCACAGCAGUGACAGCAAGUCACCGAACCACGCACAGUGUCCAUCACCACUGGGUGGAAAGGACAACUCACAGAACCGACGGCUCAAGAAAUAUGAAAAUGAUGACAUUCCACAGGAAAAGGUGGCCCGAAUCUACCAGGAGGAGCUGGCCAAGCUGAUGGGGCGACGCAUGGACGAUCACAUGCGGGGACCCCGCGAACCUUUCCAAAGCCUACUAUUCCCUGGCUUCGGGCCUAUGGACCGUACGCAGGAGGAGAUCCGUAUGGCAUUGGAUGCAUAUCACCGAGAAUUAGCCAAGUUGAAUUCUGCUUGCCCCAGCACGGCUGGCCUGCUUGCUCUACAGCAGCAAGCUGCCAUGAGCCAUCAGCAACAGCAUCAGCAACAACAGCAGCAACAACAACAACAGCAACAGCAGCAGCAGCAACAGCAACAACAGCAGCAGCAGCAGCAACAACAACAACAACAGCAGCAGCAACAGCAGCAGCAGCAGCAGUUGAAUGGAGUAGUCCAAGACCUGUCAAUGCCGAAACCAGCGACAGUUUCAGCUGAUCAGAGGGACGAGAAACUUCCCAAUGGUGAACUCCCAUCUGCAAACUGCGACCCAGCAUCUGCGGCGGCUGCAGCUGUCGCCGUCAAGAAGGAAGUCCUCGAGUCCGUUGCAGAUGCUUUGCGACAUGCCGGCAGUGCCUUUUCACUUGUAAGGCCCAAACUUGAACCAGGCUUAGGUCAACCAGGACAACAGCAAAGUGGAGGGUCUGCAGCAACGACGCCGGGAAUCCCCACGAGUGGUAGCAGUCCUCUCAGCAAUUCCAUCUUGCCGCCAGCGAUGACCCCGGCUGACGACUUCGCGUCUUCGGCAGCCGCGAGCCCCCUGCAGCGGAUGGCCAACAUCACAAAUUCUCUCAUUUCACAGCCGAGUGCCCCCACACAUCACUCUCCCUCACAGAGGCCUCUAAAAGCAGUGCUGCCACCCAUCACGCAGCAACAGUUCGACAUGUACAACAACCUCAACACAGAGGAAAUUGUGAAGAAGGUGAAGGAGUCGCUAAGCCAGUACUCAAUAAGCCAGCGGCUGUUUGGGGAGUCAGUGCUGGGGCUAUCACAAGGCAGCGUGUCAGACCUCCUAGCACGGCCCAAACCGUGGCAUAUGCUGACGCAGAAGGGGCGUGAGCCCUUCAUUCGAAUGAAGAUGUUCCUCGAGGACGACAAUGCCGUCCACAAGCUGGUUGCCAGCCAGUACAAGAUAGCACCUGAGAAGCUCAUGAGGACCGGCAACUACGCUGGAGGCCCACUCAAAUCUCCGUGUGCCUCACUGACAAAGCCGCAGCCGCCGAAACUGUCGAAGCAGCCAGAGCACCACAAUGGGCACAGUGGCCACGGUGCGCACCUGGGCCACGAACUGCCUGCCUCACUGCAGCUGCAUCACCCACACCAUGCUGCUGCUGCCGCAGCAGCUGCCGCCGCUGCUGCUGGGGCUGGUGCACCCACCUCAGUGCCCCAGCCACCACCGCCACCCAUGCUUGUGGGUCCAGGUGCAUUGGGGCUGGCAGGCUAUGGUGCUGCACUCACUGCUGACAAGAAGGACCGCCACGGGCAGCCACCGCCACCACCGCCGCAACAGCACCAGCAGUCCGGCAUGGCUAUGGCGGCACUGCGCGGGCUCCAGCAGCAUGUGGCACCCUCCGUCUACGAGAUGGCUGCACUCACGCAGGACCUCGACACACAGACCAUCACCACCAAGAUCAAGGAGGCACUCCUUGCCAACAACAUAGGCCAGAAGAUUUUCGGAGAGGCGGUGUUGGGGCUGUCUCAAGGCUCAGUGAGCGAGCUGCUCUCCAAGCCAAAGCCUUGGCACAUGCUGAGCAUCAAGGGUCGCGAGCCCUUCAUCCGGAUGCAGCUGUGGCUCAGCGACGCUCACAACAUCGACCGGCUGCAGGCGCUGAAAAACGAGCGCCGCGAGGCCAACAAGCGCCGCCGCAGUGCCGGGCCUCCAGGCUGCACGACUGGAGGUGGCGUCGCGGGUGGCGGUGGCAGUGGCAGUGGCGGUGGCGCGGACAACAGCAGCGACACCUCCUCCAACGACACUUCCGAGUUCUACCACAGCCCGAGCCCUGGGCCCGGACCACCAUCAGCCAAGAAGCAGCGUGUCCUCUUCUCAGAGGAACAGAAGGAGGCGCUGAGGUUGGCCUUCGCUCUGGAUAGCUAUCCGAGCGUAGCCACCAUCGAGUUCCUCGGGGCGGAGCUGGCACUGUCCACCAGGACCAUCACCAACUGGUUCCACAACCACCGAAUGAGGUUGAAGCAGCAAGUUCCACAUGACAGCAGCAGCGGAGGCAGUGGUGGUGGCCAGGGUCGUGAGGGCAGUGUGCCACCGGGUGCGGGAGGUGGUGGCAGUUUCGACCCCGUCCAGUUCCGGCUGUUGCUGAACCAAAGGUUGCUGGAGCUCCAGAAGGAGCGGAUGGGGCUAGCACCAGUGCCACUGCCCUACCCACCCUACUUUGCCAACAGCAACUUGGCAGCACUUGUGGGAAGGGGCCUGCUGCCAUCGCCAGGCUGUGACGUUGGGAGUGGUCCCCUUGCCGCCGCAGCCGCAGCUGCUGCUGCCGCUGCAGCUGCCGCCAAGGAGCAGUUCAGUGGGCUCGAUCUCAGCAUGGGCAUUAAGCGUGAGCCUGACUUCGAAGAAGAGGAGGAUGCAGAGAGCAACCUUGGCAGUGAAGACUCCAACCUGUCUGGUAGCAGCCUGCGGGACGUUGCUGCAUCUUCCGUCACUGGGUCUUCUGCCAAAAAGGACCUACCUCUUUCAUCCUCUGUGGCAGUGUCGCAGCCAUCAAGGACAUCGCGGCGCAAGCCAGCUGCCCCCCAGUGGGUGAACCCUGAGUGGCAGGACGCCACUGGUCAUGGGGAGGACCACAAGGACAAGGGUGGCGACCAGGAAGUCAUUAUAAAUGGGGUGUGUGUUAUGCAGACAGAUGAUUAUGGGAUGAAGUUAUCCAAGGAUGAGGAAACUGUCCGUGUGGAGCCGACACCUGUCCUUGACAGGUAUGAUGAGGAUGAUGAUGAGGACCAAUGCAGUGAGGCCUCAUCGACGACAGGGGCAGACCGCGGAGGCAGCGAAGUGGCAACGACGAAUAGGCCUCCGUCAGCAUCGGCUUCUGACACAGGGAUUCCGGCACCCGCUAUAGGUCAGGAUGGUGACGAUGGUGAUGAAGAGCCCGAGCGGAGGAGCAUCAAGUCAGAGCCACGUUCCCCGACUGUUGCGCCUGAUGAUGCUGGUCCACUGCCGGAAGCUGCAGUCGUGCGUGAAGAAGAGGCUGUAGGUGAACAUUCCGUCACUGAUGGGUGGCAGUCUGAAGCAGAUUCUGCGGACGUGUUGCGCAGUAGGAUUAAGACCGAGGAGCAGGAGGACAGGUGGGAGUACUAGGUGCAGUGUCGUGCACCUAACUCUAUUUUGUGGUGGGAUCUUGGACGCUCUACGAAAUGUGCGCCUCCCCCAGGAUGUGCAAUCAUCGAAAUCGGACUCUCGUCUCAAUUGUGAUCCUCAUUAUUUUUUAUUUGUUAUGUAAUUUUCGUAGAAGUGGAAGUCUAAAAGAAAAAAAAGAAUAAAUAACGAUGUUAUCCAUCUACUUAAGCAUUAUUAGAUUUUAAAUCUUCGACGAACGACCACGCGUUACUCUAAACUUUAAUUUAUAUCUUAGACUAUAAGACUGUUACUGUAAUCUUAGUAGGAAACGUAACCAAAAAGUAAUAUAUUUAAGGGUCGAUUUUCUUAUCGACUGCAUAUGUGAUAAUGAGCUUGCGGAACUGUCUGACGAAUUGCGCAGUGCUCUACUUCCUUUAAUGAGCAAACCAAAAAAAGUUUAUUUUAGACUCUCAGAAUAUCAUUUCCAUGUAAUGAAGUGCAAGGAGAGGAGACUCGCUCAAGCGGUCUGGGGGGUGGGGAGAAGUAAAUAAAUGAAACUGUCGUUGGUGAUGUCAAUGUUGUUACGGACAUGAUGAGUUUCAUAGUUUUCAGAAUGUUUCUGCUUUAAUUGUUGCUAUAUCGACAUUUUUUCUGUGAAAGUAAAUUUAAAUAAUGACAGAAAUAUAUACUUUGUACAUAGCAGUAGACAUAGUGAAGUCCUAUCAGUGAUAGACAUUGUUUGACUUCUAUUUCGCCGGCGUUAUUGUGCUUAAUAAAUUUACUUUUCUGACUCGAAAUGUUCCAAAUUUUGUUUCCAACUUGUGCCUCAGGUACUGAAUGUUUGUUUUGUUUACACAUGCAGAAUAUUAUGUAACUGUUUAUGCUUUAAAUCAAUUUUAAAAACUUUAACUUUUUAUAUAUAUUAUAAAUAGUUGCAUGUUCAUUGUCGUUGCUAUAUAGGAAUGAAACUCAAGUUUUUGGCAUUUUCAUUAUUCCUAGUGAUUAAAUCAUAAAGAAAAAUCAGUACCUUUAAACAGUCAUUGCUAUCCGUAAAGAAAGCAUGCAGACCGAGAAUGUACUUAGGAAACAAUUCAGUCUCAUUUCCAGAACGUUUCUUUGAGUCAUCAAAACACCUGCAAGUCCUUCUGAGAAAAAUUAAAUCUAGUCUCAAUUUCAUCACCAUUGCAUACAUUGGUAACAUGUAAAUUCCUUGGCGGUCUAAAUAACUAGUUCUCCUCCAGGCAUGAAGCCUGAUAGCAUAAUAAGGACAAUUUUGUAGUGUGCUUUGUGAUGUUUCGAUAUUUUAAUAAAAGGUUAAAGAUCUCAUACACCAAAUACUUCCUCACAGUUUUCAUAAUGUUUUUGUUAGGUUUUUACUUUAUUUUUAUAAUGUUAAUAUAUACCCAUUUCUGAUUUUUUCUCACAAGGAUCAAUAAAUUAUUUGCAGACAAUUAGAUCUUAUUGUCUAUUAAGCCAACCUUGAUUUUAUGUGAAAUAACAUACAACAGGAACCAUCCUAAUACUGCAGAUUUGUUUAUUUUACAUUUGGUUUUACACUAAUUGCUUGACAUUGAUACAAAUAUCACCUGCUCCACUUUUAAUUUUUCUUGCAGUUUACAUAAACACAAAAACAUGUGUAAUCUUCAUAUGUAGCUUACAAAUUUGAGUAAUGAAAGCCAAAAAUCUACACAGCUACAUUACGUUUGUCAGUAUUUCAUCUUCCGUUAACUAAUAAUCACCGCACCAAUUGGCACACUAAUUACAAAAUAUUGAUUUUUCACUACAUAAGACAGAGUAAACAUCAGGGACUUGAACAAACUCACAAAUGUGAAAGAAGUCUUUCUAGACUACAUUGACUACAUGUGUUCUAUGUAACACAAAUGUACUUUUGUAAAGCAUCAGUUGAGCCAUACUAUUAGUGUCAGAAAAAAUUUAUAACAACUUUCUUUCUGUUGUUCAGGACCCUGGUAUUAAAUAUCCUGGUACUAUGUACUAUUCAUGUUUAUGUAAUAUUUAAAUAAGUUUAAAUGAUGUGUUAUAGAGUUCUAACAUUCUAUGGGAGAAAAGCCUCCAGUUUUUAAGUAUACAAAUGUAUAAAUGUAACAAAACUUAUUGCUGCAUAAUAAACUCCUGUAUCUUACCCAGAAUGCAUUACAAAAUGAAUUUUAUAAGUUUCUCAUGGCAGUGUUGAUUUUAAUCACUUUCUGUCACGGUGUACUGAAUUCUGAUUCGUAGCAUGCACAUACUAGGGAAAAUCAUAAGCAUACAGCUCUAAAGUAUAAAUGAAAGAUGUAAAUUACUUUGCUAGAACUGUGUGUACAGUUAAUCAGUGUCAUUGGGUAUGAAUGUGAAUAUAAUUGUUCCAGUUAUUAUUAUAAUUUUUUAUUGUCUGGCAAAUCUAGCAAAUGAUGUACCACACUAUCUUCCACAUGUCUCAUAUAAUGACGUUAAUACCUUAGCAGCUAUAAAACGCUGUAGAUCUGUAUUUCUUGGAAAAAAAUAACGUAAUAAUAAAAUCAGGGCAUUGGUGGUGUUUCUCAGAAGAUGAGUUCCACUACAUUUAAAUAUUCUGUUAUUGUCUCUCCCAAUCCUAGUUCACCAUAAGCACAGAACUGGAGAGCAAACAGUGGUUUAUUUUUUUGUCAAGGAAUGAGAGUUAACAAAUCAUGAAAAUAAUUUAUUAAAAAGACUGGAUUUAGUGUUGUGUGGUGGUAAUUUGAAGAGUACUGAAACAGUACAUCAAGAUAUAGUGUAUGCCUACACAAACAAGAAAAUUAUUAGAAAUAAAUUUCCAGUGACACUAUCAAAGUUACCUUUUUAGUGCUAAGGAUUUUAUGUAGGUUGCACACAUACAGUGAAAACACAUGUUAAAAAGUGCCCAAAAUAUAAAUAUCAGUUUCAUUUAAUUAUCAUUAUAGCUUGCCAUUAUAUUGUACAUAUUUAUAUUCAUAUCAUUGUGUCCUUUUAACAUUUCUAAUAUUAAAAAUUUCUCUGUAUUUA